AUGAAUGACGUGAAGGUUCCCGUCCUCCGCGGUGGCCCACUCGACGCCAUACGAGCUGGAGAUUUCGGUCUUCCCGUGAGCUGGAUUCGAGAUUGGGACGGCAGCUCCGUGGGAGGGAUCGAGCCGUCCAUCGACGAGGAGCACCAAUCUAGAGGCGAGGCCGCGGUGGGGACCAGUCAAGAUGCGUGCGAAAAGAAGACAAGGGACACAGUAAACAUAGCCUUAGCCUACGAUGUCGGCCUCUCCCUCCUCCGGAAGCCCGACCUGCUCCCGCUCGACGCCUUCUACUGGACUGAGCUCCCCCUCCUCCUCCGACGACGGGACCCCCGCCCUUUCCUCACCAAGCCCGAGCUCCACCGCCUCAUGCAAUGGAAGCUCACCCGAGGCAAAUGGAGGCCUCGGCUACUGAAUUUCAUUUCCUCGCUGGAGGAGCACUUGGUGGAAUCCGCUUCUCGAAAGGCAUUCACGGCACUUCCGGACCUCUCCCAAGCCGUAUCCGAGCUAACGGUUCUGAAGGGAGUCGGACCGGCGACUGCUUCCGCUGUUUUAGCAGCCUAUGCGCCGGAUGUCGCGCCGUUCAUGUCCGAUGAGGCUAUGAUUGCGUCUAUGGGGAACGUGAAAGACUAUACAUUGAAGCAAUAUCUCGCGUUUGCUGAGAAGUUGCAGGUGAAGGCAAAGGAGUUGAGCGUCGAGGGGAAUUGUUUUACUCCCGUGGACGUCGAGAGAGCUUUGUGGAGCUCAGCAGUUCGCGCCAAGUUACUCCAUUCUCCAUCAGAUGAUAAAUCAGAGGCUGAGGCUGGUGUCAAGAGAAGCACCAAGAGGAAACGUAAAAUUUGAGCUAGUCUCCAUGGAGUUGCUAAACACACUAGCACUUGUAAGCACUCAUGUUUUUGUACCACCAGUAGCAUUAUCUAGUUCUCAGCUCUCUCAUGUCUAUGGACAGUUAGUAUUGUCUUGUGCAUCUAAUGUUGCAACAAUCUCCACAAAACUUUCUUAACUGCAGAAAGAUAUCAAUCUUGUCAUACUUUAGAG